GGGGUGAGCCCCACUCAGUGCGGGACAGGAAAGGGACAUAAAAGGUGGUGGGGGCCACAGAGCCGUGUGCCCUCCAGAGACCCACAGAAGCAUCUGUCUGCCCCCCUUUCGUGUUGGAGAUUCCUUUUUCCUUCUAAGGCAGGGGCUCUGGCCUGGGGUGAUUGUGGAUGUCCCACUGGACGUGCUGCUCAGCCCCCAGCAGUGCCCCGGAGGCCCCCACAGAGAACGACCCUCUGCCGAUGUCUGCAGGGAGAAGUCCAGAUGAAAAGGAGAUAUAUUUUUUAAAUAUAUUUUAUUUAUUUAUUUGACAGAGAGAGAGAGCAUGAGUGGGGAGAAGGGGCGGAGGCAGAGGGAGAAGCAGACUCCCCGCUGAGCAGGGAGCCCGAUGCAGGGCUCGAUCCUAGGACCCCGGGACCAUGCCCUGAGCUGAAGGCAGACGCUUAACAAAUGAGCCACCCAGGCGCCCCUAUGUAUUUAUUUCUGAGAAGUUUAAACCUACACAAAGAGAGGGAGGAGCUCACCAAACUUCGGAACAAAAAAAUGAAUGUUUUUUAACUCUCAUUUUGAAAUGAUUUCAUGCUGGCCGAAGUCGGAAGAAUUCCCAGGUUUGCGCCCCCAGCUUCCCCCGAAACAAUCAGGCCUGCAGGUUGUUUUGAAGUCGGCCUCCUCUGUGGGCCUCCUGCAUCCCACCUGGCGUCCCUUGUCUGGUCCAGGACCCCACAUGGCGUCUCCUCUGCUCUGGGACAGCCCCACAGCCUUUCCCGUCCCUUGUGGUGCUUGCAGGGAGCUGGCCAGUCAUGCAGGGGCCCUAGUGUGGGGUUGGAAGCGGUCGUGCGUUCUUGGCAGGAGUCCCACAGGCCAACCCCGUGUCUCCUCGGGCAUCCCCUCCGAGGCCGCUGGGGCCGUGCAUCUUCCUGCCGAGGGUGCUGACCUUGAGGCCUGGUCGGGCGGCUCUGUGAAGUCAGUUUCCCCUUUGGAACGCACUCAGCCUGUGCGCGCAGGGCUGCGUCCCCUCCGUCUGUCCCCCUGCAGACGUUCUGCUCUCAGGACCGGCCAUGCCUUCUGUUGGCCCGGGCCCCGGUAUCCUCGCACCUCGGGACGUCCACCUCCCCGCCUUCGUGGUGCCCCAUGUGCACCCGCAGAAACCGCAGGGCCGCGGGGCGCCCAGCCCCACCCGGGCCAGCCGGGCCUCCCUGCCCGUGUCUCCCCGUCCCCACUGUGAAGUGGGGACGGGGAGAGCACCGCCCUCAGGGCAGUGAUGUUUGGAAAGUGCUCCACCCACGGCGAGGGUGAUGUAAGCGCAGGAAGCCACCUCAUCACUCUGGUCCCCGUCCCUGUCACCACCCUACCUGGCUCGGCCCCUCCUCAUUCCCAGGCUCUUCUCCUGGGGGCAGACAUACACCUGCUGCCUGGGCUCAGGUUCUGCUGGGCUCUGUGAUCCUGGGCAGGAAAUACGGCCUCCUGAGCCUCGGUUUCCCCAGCUGUUAAGUGGGACAAUGAGAACAGCCCUACCCCACGGGGCUUUGGCUACCGAACACACAUAGGAGUGUAAUAAGUCAUUAGCUGACGGAUGAACAGAUACACACACGGUCCCCACGCACGGGAGCGUCCCGUGGCCGCAAGCAGGAGCCAGGCGCCCUCACGUGUGGCCCCGGGGACGGACCCCGAGCCCACGACACUCAGGGAGGGAACCGGACACAGAAGCCACACAGGGUGUGAGUCCACAUGGGUGACACGUCCAGAACAGCCUCAUCCAUGGACGGGAAGGGGGCUCAUGGGGGCCAGGGGGCUGGGGGGGGAGAUAGGGGGUGACAGCUGAUGGAACAGGGUUGCUUUUGGGCUGAUGGGAUGUUCUGGAAUCAGAUAGAGGUGGUGGUUGCACAACUUUGUGAAUGUACCAAAUGCCACUGAAUUGUUAAAUGGUUGAAUUGUAUGGAAUGUGGAGUGCAUUUAAAUUAAACUUCAACCCAAAAAAUAAAUAUAGAAAGAAGAGAAAGAAAGAGAGAGAGAGAGAAGGAAGGAAGGUAGAGAAAGAGAAAGCAGGCAGGCCUGGCUCUCGUGACCCCUGCCAAGUGCUCUGCUCCAGGUGUGGGUCACACCGGGGCCCGGGGGGCAGGCAGGUAAGUGCAGGGCUGCCUGGAGGCAGCGGCUUGGUAAGGGCGUGGGGAGCCCUGGGGGGUGUCCUCCAAGAGCUUGGGCUGGCGGAGGAGGGGAAGUGGGCCUGGAAGCCUGGCCUCAGCCACCUCCCUCUCCAACUGUGGGUGAUGUAACAGGCAACGGCCACGGGGCAGGCCAGUGGGGGCCACACAGGCCUCGAGCGGAUCUGCCAGCAUCCAGGGAAAGCACGGGAGGCUCAGCUGCAGUGUGUCUGUCUCCCUUUCUCUCCUCUUCUCCUUCAAAGAGAAAAAUACUCCUUACUUGUGUUACAGCUCCCGGCUGGGGGAUCAGAAGCUCUUGGGCCCCCUUGGGCCUCAGUUUCCCCAUCUGAACAAUGAGCAGGCAGUGAUGUCACCUCUUCAGGUCCUGAGCCACUGACAUUCCUCUCUGGGCCUCAGCCUCCCAAUCUGUAAAACGGGUUAAUGGCAACUCGACUAACCUUGGUGGCCGGUCAGUCUGGCUGAGCACCGGGGGCUUCUGGGGGUGCUGGGCAGCAUUGGGGCACCUAGGUUCAGGGCAGGGGGCUGAGGGGCAGCUCUGGGCAGAGUGCAGGCCCAUGAGAGCCCCUGUCCUCACCUUCAUGGUGGAGAAGUCAGUCCCUGAAACCCCAGCAGCGGCCAGGAGAGGACAGAGCUGUGCCGUCUCCUUGUGGGCCCCGAGGUUCGAGGUCCGUGCUUGCCUCAGACCCCAAGUGACCUCCAGUGACUCGGGGUCAGCGGUGCUGGCGCUCGGUGAGGCUCAGAGCACCGCCUGAGUCAUGGGCUCCCUCCAGGCACCCACGGUGGAUUGCUGCUCUUUAACUUACUAUCACAUUUUUAAUUUCACUUCUACCCUCCUACGGUUCAACCGCCUAAAACAUGCAUAAAAAGUGCCUGCAGGAGGGGCGGCUGAGCGGCCAACUCUCGAUUUUGGCUCAAGUCAUGACCUCAGGGUUGAGAUCUCGGGGUCCUGGGAUCGAGCUCCAUGUCGUCGGGCUCCUCGCUCAGCGCGGCGUCUGCUGGAGAUUCUCUCUCUCCCUCUGCACCUCCCCCUGCUCGCUCACUCACGCUCUCUCUAAAAUGAUAAAUAAAUCUGAAAAAGAAAAAAAGUCCCUGCUGGAAAUCUCUGUGCAUCCCCGCCCAGCUGAGCCGCUGUGUUCGCGGGCUUCUGGGGACACCAGCCACCCAGCGACAGGUGUCUCCCCCUCCACACGCACUUUCCACGUUGCCACCAUCCCAUGGAGACCCCGCGAGGGGUGGCUCGACGAGCCCGGACCUUCUCCCCGGCGGUGCCACGUUCCCGUGGCGGGUGCGUUCCGCGGUCUCCUGCUGGGGACACUGGACUGUGUACGUGGCCGCCCACAGUGCUGGUUCUCAGACGGCAGCUCUCGGCACAUCCGCUCGCCAAGAAGCAGGGUCUCGGGAGGUUGGCUCACGUCUCUCGAACCGCAGUGAGGUGAGGGCGUCUCCACCUGCUCAAGAGCCUUUUGGGGUUCUUUGCUGAGAACCGUCUGUUUACACCUUUAGCUGCUACCGGUUGUUGUUCCCGUACUGACUGUGGGCCCUCCUUACAGGUUAGAGUUAUUGUCACGAUCUGUCUUCUGUUUUUAAGUAUAUAUGCGGUAGGCAUGUAAAUAUAUAGUCAUUUAUAAUAACUAUGUAUUGUUUAACUUGUCUUCUUUUGUUUCUGAGAGCGCACACACGCACGCGGGCGAGCGGGGAAGGGCAGAGGCAAAGGGAGAAGCAAGCUCCCCGCUGAGCAGGGAGCCCCACGUGGGGCUCGAUCCCACGACCCUGAGAUCACGAUCUGAGAGGAAACCAAGCGCCGGACGCUUAACCCACUAAGCCACCCAGGCGCCCCUUAUUUACCUUAAUAACAUUUUAUUUAGCUUAAUAAACUACAAUACAUAGUAUAUAAUCAUAUCCAUUAUGUGUUGUAUACAUUAUUUUACACACCAUUUAUUAUUUAAUAUGCAUAUUUUAGCCCUUUCUAUGUCAGGCACACACCCUUCUGGGACUCGAGGGGCAAAUAGUCUUUCACCAGUUCCUUGUGUGUCUUCUGACUUUGCGGUUCAAUAUAUUCUCAGCCGAAAUGAGAGGAGGCCAAGGGCAAUCUCACAGAUCUGGGAUGGGCGCUCACGGCCGCUGUGUGACCUCAGGUGAGUCACCCGGCCUCUCUGAGCCUUGGCGGGCGGGGAACACGGCCCCUGGGGCUGGAGGCCACGCAGCGCCCCGUCCAGCAAAGCCCAAGUCUGGAGAGAAUGGAUUAUUUAUUAGGGUCGCAGCCUCGGGUCCAAGGGCAGGGAGGCCCAGGGUGUGGGCAUAAGGAGGGCCAAGGAUGGAGGCACCAAGGUGUGGGAGGUGGGGGGAGUGAUGGUCGGGUCUGGGAUCCCGGGAGGUCACGGCACCCACCCCCCAGGCUUGUCUGCUCUGACAGGGAGUCGAGAACAGGCUGGGAAGAGGGCCGCUCCAGUGAAGCCUUUGGGGCUCCUGCCGCAAGGCCCUGGGCAGAAGGAGGCCGUGCCAGGAGCCAGGCCGUUACAGACGAAGAGGGUGCCCCCGUCUCCCUGAGCCAGGACACCUCCAGGCCCAGCUCCUGUACUCCACUCCCACCCCAGAACCACUGACCUGGCUGCUGCUCUGACAACUUGAGCCUUCCUCCUGCAAUCCACAAAUCUUGUUCCAACCCCGGGCCCUUUGCACAUGCAGGUGCCUGUCUCUGCAUGCUCACCCCCACCUUUUCCUGACAGACUCCUACUUGAAGUUUGGGUCCCAGAUGCCUCCAGGAAUUUCCUGAUGCUUCUAGGCUGGGUCGGGCGCAUGCCACCCAAGUCCCGUGUGCACCUGUUUUGUUGGUUUGUGGGGUUUGGUGCCCCAGGUGGGACACAAACCCACAAUCCCUGGCUGAGGGUGCACAGCUCUACCUUGAUGCAUGUCUGACUCCCCCCACCCAUGGGGUCUCAGAGCUCCAAAAGGGCAGGCCCUGCUCUGUCCUGUUCCUCACGGUCUCCAGCGACCCCACAGCACUUGACACGUGGUGUUUAAUAAAUACCGUUUCUCACGCUGUUAAAAUGCUCGAAUGUUUGAGACAUCUAAUUCCAAUUCCACACUCGACCCUGGGGCCUCAUUCUGGACCAGCUUUCUUCCAGCGUGAGGAGGCCCGCCAGAUCUGGGCACGGCCUGUCGCUGGCAGACACCGGCCCGGUGGGCGAGGACGCCAGCCCACACACUGUUGGGGCGCCCCUGGUCGAUGGGGUCACGGUGGCGUGGAGGACGCUGGGAGGCGGGAGGGGCAUCCCCCACCCUGCCGCCUGGCAGCCGGUGCCCACCCCCCACGGGCGGUCUGUGGGGCAGAGGUACUAUGCCCCUGUGGAGGAUAGCAUCACGGUCUAGUGGACGGGGAAACCAAGUCAGGAGAGGGCAGAACUGGGGCCCAGCCGGAGCCAGAGCUUCAGCAACACGAACUUCAGUCUGUCGGUCUGUAGAGAGAUUCGGGGUCCAAUCCCAGCUUGGACAGUAACUGCCACGGAUCCUGGCCACGGGGUUUCUCCACCACAGAAGGUGAAUCAUCAGUCCAUCCCGGGACUGAGAACCUGUUCUGAACUCAGGUCUAGGGAAUCAAUACUCGGGAGCCAGGGGAGGGUGGGAAAGGGAAGGGGGCUUUAUUCGGGAAGCGGGCGACCCGGGAAGAGGUGGACAGAGGCCCCAAAAGCCACCUUUGUCGAGGGAGGGGGGCUGCACGCAGCAGGCGCGAGCCGGGGCGGGCCGUCAUGUGGGCACGACCCUGACCGGACCCGCUGGCAUCCCGGGAAGCGGUUUCCGAAUGCAGGCGGGCCUUAUCUUCUGGCAAAGUUGGGCCUUCACUCCUCAAGGCCAGGGGUCGGCAGAGCUCAAGCGGGUUAGCUCUGCUGUGACCGAGGACUUGGGUCUGCAAGCAGGGAGCGUGCAGGAUGACAGUGGGUGCUGAUACCGGUCCCCGCCGGCCGCGGGGUGAGCCAGCACCGAAGGGGGGGCCUGCCCGGGAGAUGCAGGCCACACAGGAAGGCACCAUUCCCCCAGAGCAACCGUAAAAAUGUCACAACCGUGGCCGCCGGCGUCGGUAAAGAUGUGGGGAUGUGGGCAGUCUCCGAUUCUGCUGGGGGGCCCGAUGGCCCCACUGGUGUGUCUGCCCUGGAGAGGCUUUGUAGGGCUCGACGUGCAGAAGAGUUCACUGUGGCCCUGUCAGAGCGCGGACAUCUGGAACAGGUGUCCCGCCGCAGAAGGCCGGCUAGCUGGGCCCCCCAUGGGCUCCCCUCUCCUGUAGCGUCCCCCUCGUGUUGCCACUGCCCCCACCUGCAGGAGCAGGUCCUUCGGGGCACGGCCUCUGCUGUGGCUCCCGGUGGAGACCGGCAUUCCCCAGCAGCAACGCCGGAGGGGGGACCCCUGACCUUCCACACCCACCCCGGGACCGGGCGGCUGGAUCCCCUUCUGCAUCCAGGUGAGGAGAUGGAGGAGACCCUUCCGCUGUCCGGAGUCCCCCCACCUCCCUCCUCCGCCUCACCGACUGACCACAGUCCCAGAAGCAGGAAAUGAGCAAGGAUCCAGCUCCCCCUGCCCCGCCAAGAAGCGAGUCCCCUGAGCCUGAAUGGAGGCCAGCAAGGCUCUGACGUCCCCUCGCUGCUGGGGGUGGGGGGGCACACCUCAGUCUCAGCCCCAUCCCUGGGAAGACCCCGGGCCUCCCCUCCCCACCAGGUCCAGGACCAUUCGGGCAGGUCUGGCUGUGUGGCUGGGCCCGUGGCUUUCCCUCUCUAAGUCCAGGGGAGCAGGGCCUGGGGCCUUCUGGUCCCUCCCACCUGGGCCUCCCUCCUGAAGCUGGACCCCCAGCACAGACUGGGAUGCCUGGUGGGGGGUGGGCACUCGCUGGCCCCGGAGGUCACCUGCAAGCCAGCCAGCAGGGCCAGGAGUCUGCGUGUGGGCCUGACGGGGUGGGCUGGACGGCUGGGGAGCCAGGCGCACCCCCUCCCCCAGGCAUGGCACCAGCCCUUCCCAGAUGGAAAACGGGAUGCUGCCCAAGGCCUCCACCACCAACUGCUCCCAGGGCCUGCCUGGACCCCUCCAACGGCCCUGCCCCGUGCCUCAGUUUCCCCCUCUGUAAAAUGAGCCCCCGCUCCAGGGGUGGGUGAGGGUGGGUGAUAGUCACUGUUGCCAAGACCCAGCACACGACACCCAACAUGGUGGUGAGAUUUUAACGCCACUCAUAAUGCCAGCUUCGGCCUCAGUUUCCCCAGCCUGAGUGCUGGGCCCGUGGAGGCGGCAGGCCCGGGAGGGAGUCCUGCUGGCUCUGGGCUGUGUGCUUCACUACUUUUUACUUUUCUCGCCGUUUCGUGGGGGUGUGAGUCACCCAUUUCAAGAGUGCACUGCAGGGGCGUUUAGGGCCUUCACAGAGCCCUACAACCACCACCAUGUUAGUUUUAAAACACCCCAGCACCCCAAAAAGAAACCUCCUGACCAUUAGUGGCCCCUCCCCCACCCCGGCCCCUUCCCGUCUGUGGAUGAGCCUGGUUUGGACGUGUCACGCAUGUGGACUCACACCCCCCGUGGCCUUCUGUGACCAGCUCUUCGAGGAGCAUCCUACAGGAGUUUUUAUCUGGGAACCCGGGUGGGUCCUCACCUGCCCUCAGUUUGUGUGUCUGUGAAGUGGGUAGGAGCGGCCGUGGAGUCCCCAGAGCUGGGGGUCGGUGCGGAAGUGGCCUCCCCUCCCCCAUCUCUCAGCAGGGUCUUCGGAGGUCUAAGACAUCCAGGACCCGGCAAGAGAUAGGGACCAAGGGGAGAGAAAGGCAAGAUUGGGUAUUCGGAAUAUAUCAAGAACUCUUAGGCCUAACAACAGAAAGACAAAUGGUCCAGUCUCAAAACGGGCAAAGAAGCUGAGUGGACACUCCCCAAAGACAGGAUGAAGAUGGCCAACACGCCCUGAAAUGAUGCUGGAGAUCGUGAGUCUCUGGGGAAGUGCAGACGGGCCCGAGGCACCGCUCCAUGCCCACUAGAACAGCUCCAAGGAAAGAUCACGGAACCUGAGGGUGUGGGGAAGUCGGAGCCUGCGGGCACUGCUGGGGGGUGCGAGCCGGGGGCGCUGAGGGAAACGGUCUGGCUGUUCCUCAGAAAGUCCUGCAGAGAGUCACACUCCUGAGCAGGUGCAUGCCCAGCGACGCAGAUAAAUAUGCACCACGGAUGUUCGCAGCAGUCAGAAGAACGUCCAUAAACUUGUGAGCAGAUACACACUAGGUCCACCACAUGCGGGAGCGAGCAGGAGCGAGGGGCCCACACGCGCUGCCCCGGGGACGGACCCCGAGCCCAUGACGCUCAGGGAGGGAGCCAGACACGGAAGGCCACGCGGGGUGUGGGUCCACGUGGGUGACACGUCCAGAACAGGCUCAUCCACGGACGGGAAGGGGGCCCGUGGGGGCUGGAGGCUGGGGGAGGGGCUGGGGGUGACAGCUGAUGGGGACGGGGUUUGUUUGGAGUGAUGGAAUGUUCUGGAAUUAGACUGUGGUGAUGGUUGCACAACUCUGUGAAGAUAUUAAAAAACCAUUGCAUGGCACAGUUUAAAACAGCUCAUUUUUUUAAAAGAUUUUAUUUAUUUACUUGAGAGUGAGAGAAAGAGAGAGUGUAAAUGCAAGAGCAGGGGGGAGGGCCAGAGGGAGAAGCAGGCUCCCCGUGGAGCAGGGAGCCCGAUGCGGGGCUCGAUCCCAGGACCCUGAGAUCAUGACCUGAGCCGAAGGCAGACGCUUAUCCAACGGAGCCACCCAGGCAUCCCUUAAAACAGCUAAUUUUUUUAAAUGGGAUUUAUUUCCAAGGUGAGACUGAGAGGUUGGGAAGGGUGGUGGUCCCCCAAUGCCUCAGGGACACCAGUGUGUGUCUGGGGCUGUGGGUGGCUCUUCCAGGGUGCUCUUCCCUCCCACGGGCAGCUCCGGGUGGUUUGGGGAGUGGGAGUCAGGGUGGAAUGCUGGGGUCCUGGGGGCUUGGGCCUGGUCCUCACCGAGCCUCAUGGUGCAGUGUCUCUUUGUGUCCCUCGGGCCUCUGCCUCAGUCCAGUGCCCUCAUGUCUGCUUCCCCUCCUGAUCCCGCCCGUCCACCCUUUCCUCUCCCAUGGACCAGGAGAAAGGACUGGCUCUGGAGACCCAGCUCCAUCCCUUCCCACUUGGGUGACCUCAGGGUCCCUGCUCACACCUGCUGCCUCAUCAAUCCCUCAAGAGCUGUGGUGAGUGAAUUAAUAUGGGUACGUUUUUGAGCAGCACCCAGUGUGCUCAACCCCUCUUUCCUGCUCUAAGCUCCCCCAUGGCUCUCUAGUGUCCCAGACUCAAGUCCAGGCUCCCCAGCUGGGCAAUGUGCCACCACAGCCCGGCCCUGCCCCCCCUCCAUCACCAGGGAUCCCUCACCUGGAGGAAGGACCUCCGUCCCUGAUCCUUAGGUUCCCCCACACCCUCUCCCAGAACCCCGCGAUGUCAGGAGGGUCCCCCAGGAUAAGCCUUCCUGCUCCUGCCCCCAGGAAGCACCCAAGAGGGAUUGCCCCAUUUUCCCCUUCUCCUCCUGCCUCUGGAGGGCUGUUUGUGGUCACCUUUCAACACCAGGAUUCCCAACCACCGCCCUGGGGCCGCCCCUGGCUGGCAGAGGAAACCAAGGCCCACACAGAGGUUUUGGGGAGGUGGGACAGCCAGCCUGGUGCAGCACUUGUCAUGCCCACUUACAGGUGAGGAAACUGAGGCCCCGGUGGGAUUUGAACCCUCUGGAACUCAGUCUUCACCACACAGACCUUCGUCUUGCAAAACCCACGGAGCUGUCUCUUUCAAAACAGGAAGGGUCCAAGCAGGAUGGGGAUGGGGUCUACAGGGCUGAAUAGAAAUAAAGACCAGGGGCGACAAACAGUAGGCGCUCAAUUAAUGCAGCCCCCACCCCCUACUCUAAUGAGACGCUUAACUUCAGGAUUGGUAGUCAGGGUCCGUCCCACUUGCCAGUGGCUCCCCAGGGACUCCCUAGGGCCGAGUAUACAGUGGGUGUUCAAGAGAUGGUGAAUAAAUGAACCGAAUAAAGGCCUGUCGUUUGGGGCCUGGCGACCUUGGACAGUGAUUUAAGUUCUCUGGGCCUCAGUUUCCCCAUUCAUAAAAUGAAGGGUCAGCCAGUCUGUCCUCCCCAUGCGUGUGUGUGGUAAGGAGGGAACACCCGUCAACAGCAAGCACUGCCUAGGUGCGCACCCCGUAUUCACCAGGAGGACCGUACCCGCCGCCCCCGCAAUCCCGGGGCAUCCUGCCGUGCGCCCCGGCCCGCUGGGAGCCUGGCGAGGGGCCUGCAGACCGGUGGAGCCCAGGGCAGACCGCCGGUGGGCGCACGGGGCGGGGGCGGCACGGUAGGGAGCCAGGGCAAGAAGCCCCCCAGCCUCUUUUGUCUCCAGACAGCGCCGGCGCCCGGGGCCCUCGCCAAGGAAACGUGCGCCGCCGAGCGGCGGACCCCGGGGAGGGGACGGAGACGGGGCGUGGGGCGGGCAGAGACAGCGGGAGACCCGGGGACACGCAGGGGCAGCCAGGGACCCAGGGACCCAGAGACCCCGCCCCGCGCCCAGCGUCGAUGGGGCUCCCGAGGCCGACGCGAGGGGCCCGGGAGGGGAGGGGAGCGCCGGCCCCGGCCCUAGCCCGCCACUACGGGGACCCGAGACCCCAGAGACCCCCGAGGCCCCCAGACCCAGGAGGCGGGAGCCCGGCGCGCACUCAGCGCACGCCCCGGGAGGCAGCCCGGCGACGGACGCGCGCAGCGCCCCCGACGCGCCGAGACAAAGAGCCGCCGCCCCUCGCGCCGCACGUAGGCCGUCGCGGGCGCGGGGUCUCGGGCCGGGCGGGGCCCCCUCCCCUCCCCGCCUCCCGGUCGCGGUUCCCCUCCGCCGCCGCGGGGGAAGGGCCGCGCUUUGUGCUCGCCGCGCCGCAGCCCCUGCCCGCCGCGGCCGCCGGCUCCGCCCUCCAAGCGCCCGCGCGCCAGGUGAGGGGACUGCGGGCGGAGGGCCCGGGCCGCACCCCUUUUCCGGCCGCCGGGACCCUCCUUCCGCCCCUUCCCGGGGGCCCCCGCCCUGACGCGGGGAGCGGCCCCGGCCCGGGGACUCCUAAAUCAGGCCGGCCCCGCCCUCUACUGGGCCCCCCCGAGCCCCCAUCUGGGGUGUGUGGGGGUGCCCGGCAGCUGGAUUGCUUGGCAGGGCCGCAGUGCGCGAGGGGAGGCCGCGGGGACACCCCUCUCCCCCCAGCCUCAGUUUCCCCGGGAGGUUCUGGCGUAUCUUUGCCCGCCCCUCCCCCGCAGGCCCUGGGCACCGGGUCCCCCCAGGGCUCAGACUGCGCCUCCCCUCCUCCAGCGCGUCUUUGUCCCCUCCAACCACGGCCUGUGGAGCCCGCGGCACCAUGAUCGCGACCAAGGAGAAGAAUAAAACCCCAAAGGACAGCAUGACGCUUCUUCCCUGCUUCUACUUCGUGGAGCUCCCCAUAGUGGCGUCCUCCGUCGUGUCCCUCUACUUCUUGGAGCUGACCGACCUCUUCAAGCCGGCCAAGGUGGGUUUCCAGUGCUAUGACCGCACGCUCUCCAUGCCCUACGUGGAGACCAACGAGGAGCUCAUCCCGCUGCUCAUGCUGCUCAGCUUGGCCUUUGCAGCCCCCGCGGCCUCGAUCAUGGUCGGCGAGGGCAUGCUGUAUUGUCUGCAGUCCCGGCUGUGGGGCCGCGGCGGGGGCCCAGGCGGGACCGAGGGCAGCAUCAGCGCGGGGGGCUGCAGCUUUAACUCCUUCCUGCGGCGCACGGUGCGGUUUGUGGGCGUCCACGUGUUCGGCCUGUGCGCCACCGCCCUGGUGACCGACGUCAUCCAGCUGGCCACCGGCUACCACGCGCCCUUCUUCCUGACGGUCUGCAAGCCCAACUACACGCUGCUGGCCACGUCGUGCGAGGCCAACCCCUACAUCACGCAGGACAUCUGCUCCGGCCACGACACCCACGCCAUCCUGUCUGCGCGGAAGACCUUCCCGUCACAGCACGCCACGCUGUCCGCCUUCGCUGCGGUCUACGUGUCGAUGUACUUCAACUCGGUCAUCUCGGACACCACCAAGCUGCUCAAGCCCAUCCUGGUGUUCGCCUUCGCCAUCGCGGCGGGCGUCUGCGGCCUCACCCAGAUCACGCAGUACCGCAGCCACCCGGUGGACGUCUACGCGGGCUUCCUCAUCGGGGCUGGCAUCGCCGCCUACCUGGCCUGCCACGCUGUGGGCAACUUCCAGGCCCCGACUGCAGAGAAGCCGACGGCGCUGGCCCCUGCCAAGGAUGCGCUUCGGGCUCUGACCCAGCGGGGCCACGACUCCGUGUACCAGCAGAACAAGUCCGUGAGCACGGACGAGCUGGGCCCGCCAGGGCGGCUGGAAGGCGUGCCCCGGCCCGUAGCCAGAGAGAAGACAUCACUGGGCAGCCUAAAGCGGGCCAGUGUGGACGUGGACUUGCUGGCCCCGCGCAGCCCCAUGGGCAAGGAGAACAUGGUCACUUUCAGCCACACGCUGCCCCGCGUCAGCACGCCCUCCCUGGAUGACCCCGCUCGCCGCCACAUGACCAUCCACGUGCCCCUUGACGCCUCCCGCUCCAAGCAGCUCAUCAGUGAGUGGAAGCAGAAGUCGCUGGAGGGCCGUGGCCUGGGGCUGCCCGACGAGGCCAGCCCCGGGCACCUGCGGGCACCUGCGGAGCCCAUGGCGGAGGAGGAGGAAGAGGAGGAGGAGGAGGAGGAGGAGGAGGAAGAGGAGGAAGAGGAGGAGGGCGAGGAAGGCGGUCCGGCCCCACCCUCACUCUACCCCACCGUCCAGGCCCGGCCGGGUCUGGGGCCUCGGGUCAUUCUCCCCCCGCGAGCUGGGCCCCAGCCGCUGGUGCACAUCCCCGAGGAGGGGGCGCAGGCGGCCGCGGGCCUGUCUCCCAAAAGCAGUGCGGCCGUGCGGGCCAAGUGGCUCAUGAUGGCAGAGAAGAGCGGGGCGGCGGCGGCGGCGGCAGCCUCCGCACAACCCCGCGUGGCCAACCCCCCGCGGCUGCUGCAGGUGAUCGCCAUGUCCAAGGCGCCGGGCGGGCCUGGCCCCAAGGUGGCGGAGACCGCCUCGUCCUCCAGCGCCAGCUCCGAUUCCUCGCAGUACCGCUCGCCGUCGGACCGCGACUCGGCCAGCAUCGUCACCAUCGACGCGCACGCGCCCCACCAUCCCGUGGUCCACCUGUCCGCGGGUAACGGGCCCUGGGAGUGGAAGACGGCCGGCGGCGCGGCCAAGGGGGUGGAGGGCGAGGGCGGCUACGAGCUGGGGGACCUGGCCCGCGGCUUCCGCGGGGGGCCCAAGCCGCCGGGUGUGUCCCCCGGCUCGUCCAUCAGCGACGUGGACCAAGAGGAGCCGCGGUUCGGGGCCGUGGCCACGGUCAACCUGGCCACCGGCGAGGGGCUGCCCCCGCUGAGCGUGGCCGACGGCGCGCUGGGGCCGGCCAGCCGCGAGUCCACGCUGAGGCGCAAAGCCAGCGGCCUGGUGCUGGGCGAGCGGGAGGCCGCGGGCGAGGCCGAGGCCGAGAGCUACUACCGCAAGAUGCAGGCGGCCCGGAGGUUCAAGGACUGA